UGUUGUUGCGGUGGCGGUGGUUGUGUUGGUGAGGGAGAUGAUGGGUGUGCGCGAGGGGUUGAAGGGGCCGAGGAUUUGGAAGGUGCCGAAGUUGGGGAUGGUGUAGUCCGUGGUGCAGUAGAAGGAGUCGAGCGUGGAGGUUAGGGGUUGGCAGGUGCUGUUGAUGUAGGGGGAUGAGAGACGUGGUGGAUGUGGGUUAGAUCAGAGGUCUCGGAUUUGGUUUGUAAGGUUGUGAUACCCGAAACAAUGAUGCAAGCUACAUACCCGCGACUGAACCCAAACGUAUUUCCACUCAAUGUCAAGAUGCUCUCAAACACCGUGGUGCCGUUCCCGCCCGCGACCUGGGUGCUGUUUGCAAACUGUUCUUCAAAGACAAACUCCUCAAAUUUCUGCGAUGCGGGGCAUGGGCUCGUUGUCGCUGCUGAUGCCGAUGUCGCGGUUGUUGCGGCCGGCGCUACGGAUGUGAAGAAAACGGUCUGGAUAUCUGCCGCGAACGCGGUCGGAGUGGGUGUCGCCGCCGUGAUGGCACUGUCUGCUCCUGAUCCAGCCCCGCCGAAUGUGACGACUGCAACGGCGGUAUCCGUCUGCGCUGCGUGCACGACGACGGUAGCGGUUUCGAGUACGGUAGAGUCGGCUUGGCGGCGGUUCAGGAGACGUUCGAGAUGGAAUUUGAGCGGUAGGCGCAGAGCGGUGGAUGUGGGGAGAUGGAUCGUGAGGAGCGUCAGGAGGAGGACCAGGCUUGCGAGUUGGCUGUGCAUGAUGGGGAUGUGCUAUUCGAGGGUGCUUGCGAGUAGGACGAAGAGUUAUGUAGGUAUUGGGGCAGAGUGCGGACCGAGGGAAGAUGAUCUUGAUAUCGAUGGUCGGCAACGAGCGAGCAACGUUGCGAGCAGAAGGUAGUAUGAAAGCGGAGCACAACAGACCAGCUGGGUUACAAAAACAGACAAGUUUUACACCACAGCUUCAAGCGCAUAAGUUAUCAGGGAUCCGGAGACCGUUGUGGUGUGGGAUGUUUCGACCGUUUCUCCGUGGCAGCUAGGUGAAAGCAAACAAAGCGGGAAAGAAAGUGAUGCCAGGGCUCUCAGAGAGGCGGGAAAGCUGCACUACUUAUGUACUGGCGUCGGAACAGUAAUAAGAGAUCCCCUGCGCACAUGGAUGGGGACGAGCUGCAGCC